AUGGAUAAAAAAGGAGUUCUCACAUCACGUGACGUGCCAAAAAGAGUCCAAGCCUCACAACUCAAUGCGGGGUCAGACCAGAUGACCAACAUCUCUCCUGCUCAGUAUGACAAGGAUGUCAAUGAUAAUGAAAACCUCCCUCACAGUAGAGCGGCGGAGUGCAUCCUUGCCAUCUACAUUUCAGAGCCCCAUCAGUUCAGCGUGAUCUCUCCGGUCAGCUGCUCAACAACAGAAGCAUGUACCGCCCAGUACAUGUAUUACUAUUGCGAAGGUUCAAAAAUCUGGACUCAACAAGUUCAACGUUGA